AUGCCAACAUUACCCACCACGCCAAGACCCACCAAUCCAGAUGGGGCCGACUCAUCCUGGUUGCUUGACCAACAGUUGUCGCCGACACUUGCGCAGAGCUCCUUGCGUGAUCUCGACAUCUCAGAUUCACCUCUACACGGCCCUCUUCGUUUAGCGACAACCACCCAUGUGCCGGGAGUAAAAAAGCCUAUCAAGAGUCGUCCUUCUUGGGGAUCCGCUGCGGUGCUCGACUCGAACAGCUCAGUCAAAGACAUGUCCAAGAUGCGACUUCUCGCAGGUCUCGACAUCAAUGAUGAGAACAAGCCGCCCGUAUCCAGAAGAGGCCCUACCUCAUCAUCAUCAGGUGGUGGUCGACCCCGCUUCUCUCUGUUCGCCAAGCCAGGCGUGCCGACUAAUUUGAUACCGAACAAGGCGCGCGACCAGUCACAGCCAGAAGACGAAGAGGAUGACCACGACGACCACGAUGACGACGAUACCAUUGCCGGCCUACCCGUUGCAUCAGCGCUUGCUUCGUCAUCGUCCAUGCUGGGCUUGGACUCUUCAGUUGCCGAGGUUGAUGACGAGUAUAUCCGCGAAGCCUUGCUCGGAAAACGAGCCUCAGCACGCCAGUCCACUGGUGGUCCCACUCCUAGCGAGAGCAAAGAGUCGCAGGAACAGGCUGCACGUCAACUCACCGAGCUUCGCCGCAUGAACGACGUCUUUGAAGCUUUCGAGAGGAUGCUCCGAGGCAGCGCCGGCCAGAUCAAUGCGUUUGCUCGGCGUGUACACGAGACCGACGACCUUCUCAACAUGUACAUUGGCUUGCUACGACAGACCGAAAAGACGCAGCAGCUGCUUCAGGAUCAGGAUUGGAAGGGUUCAAGCGAGGAUGCUACUGCGCAUGCUCUGUCGGUUGCUCUGGCAGAACGAGAGACGCAACGGCUUCAGGCCGAGGCGGUAGCACGAGAGCUAGAGGCUCAACGAGCUGCACAGCAGGCUGCUCUGCAAGCCGAAGAGGAUCAGCGUCGGCGUCACGAGGAAGCACGCCGUGCAGCUCCUGCAGGCGCACGAGGUCGCGGUCGUACUGUAUCCACAUCCACCAGAGGUACCGCAAGAGGCGGCGGCGCCGCUCGAGGAGCAACGACCACCGCUGCUCGCGGGCGUGUCGUUAGCUCUCGCACUGCAUCCAACACAACAGACAGCUCAGCUGCCUCGACUCGCACCUCAUCAUCAACAAGAGGCGCAUCGGUUCCUACGCGUGGUCGCUCCGCUUCGACCGUCGCACGGGGUACAGCUCGUCCGUCUGGUAUUCCCACCCGUACCGUCUCGGGCAGCGCCGGUCUUGGCGGCCAAUACGCAAAUGUCAAGAGUUCCGGCUAUGGCCCCAGAUGA